CUUUUGCUGUUUGGAGACUACUUGGAGACUUGCCGUUCAACUCCCUUCCCUUUUGGGCACCCCCAACAACUAUCUAUUCUGGUGUAAAAAAAAAAACAACUAUCUAUUCUUUCUUUCUCGUGUCCAAAAACCCCUCCUAUAUUUAGGGACCAACCAAAACAAUAACGUACGGACACCAAAUGCACACAUGCGACAUAGCAAAAAUAUAUAAGAGAAAAUUAAACCAGCUCCCCUCCUCCUCCAUAGCUGCUAGCUUAGCUCCAAAUUUGCACCAAAUUCACGCAGAAUUCACGUACAUUUUGCCGAGUGAUAAUGGAAACCGGUCGUCGGUCGAUAUCGAAGAUGCAGAGGUCGUCGGUGUCGUUCCGGCGGCAGGGCUCGUCGGGGCGCACCUUGGACGACCCGCUCAAGGCGCUCGACCUCAAGCAGGGCCCCUCGCCAACGGCGGCGUUCGCCGCCAUCGUAGUCUCGCCGCUGGCGCCGUCGACGCCGCGAGGCGCCGCGUCGUCGUCGUUGCCAUUGUCCUCACCACGCUCAUUGUCCUCACCACGCUCAUUCCGUCGCCACGACAACGGCAGCGGCGGCGGAGGAGGAGACGCCGCCGGAGGUAUCCCAGAGAGCCCGGAAUCGGAGGUGGAGCCCUCCCCGGCAAUGGUGGCGGUGGAGCCACCAGCUGUCACGGCCGACGACGACGGUGGCAGUAGCGUCGGUGAGGAGAGAAGCACACCGCGGCGGAGGAGGAUCUCGUCGGCGUUUUGCGCGUGCGUGAGGCACCCGCCAGAGUCCCAUACGCAGCAGUAGCGGAUAGAGAGAGCAAUCCAGAUUGUCUGUCUGCAGUACUGCUCACUGACAUGUGGGCUCCACAGACCCUCAGACCCACAUGUCAGUGAGCAGUACUGCAGAUGCUGUACUGCAGAGGACCCUUACUCUAGAGAGAGGGUUGCACAUGAAAAUCAAGAGAGGUUUGUACACGAGCCAUACGAUUCGUGCGUGUGUGUAUUGUGUUUAUGAGUUUGGACCUCUCUUCUCUUACUGUCGCUGUACAUAUCUCUCGUAACUGGAUAUACUGUAAA